AUGUCGUGCACUCCAGCUCUUUUUAUGCUGCUGUCACAUUUCUAUGAAGACCCGGUGUUUGCUUAUGAGAGUCCGUCACAGAGGGAACAGAGUCGCUCUGAGGAACGUCUUCAGACCGCGGGCUUUCUCGCUCCUCUGGGAAUGGCGUCAGUGUUGUGGAGCCAGCAUCAUGAAGACAGCAGCAGGCUUUAUUCGCCUGAUCUGGCCCUUCAAUCUGCAACAUUUAAUGGAGGGCGAUCUGUCGUCCUGCUUUGUUUGGGAGGUCAUAGUCAUGCACCAAAACACUUACUCAGUGAUCCUGUAUUUCAAUCAAUAAUCUAUGUUUUUUCCAGGGUUCGUCCACAGUUGGCGAAGGAAAAGAUCGAGGGGUGUCACAUCUGCACACUUGUGACUCCUGGGGAGCCGCAGGUCAUUCUGGGAAAAGACAAGGCCUUCACGUUUGACUAUGUUUUUGACAUGGACUCGCAGCAGGAUAGCCUCUACAGCAACUGCACUGAGAAACUCAUUGAGGGCUGUUUUGAAGGAUAUAAUGCCACUAUCUUUGCCUACGGACAGACCGGUUCGGGAAAGACGUACACCAUGGGCACCGGGUUUGACGUGAACAUCACUGAUGAGGAAUUGGGGAUCAUUCCACGGGCCGUCAGUCACCUCUUCAGGGGCAUCGAGGAGCGCAGGCAGGCUGCCACUGAGCAGGGACGACCCGUUCCUGAGUUCAAGAUCAACGCGCAGUUCCUGGAGCUCUACAAUGAGGAGGUGCUGGACCUGUUCGACUCCACCCGAGAAGUCAAGAAAUCCAACAUCAAGAUCCACGAAGACGCCAAUGGAGGGAUUUACACAGUGGGAGUCACCACUCGAACCGUCAACUCGGAAGCAGAG